UUUUGGAAGCAGGACUCGCCUCUGCGGAGCGACCUGUGCCGAUUCCUACACCUUCCCUUCGGGAACGUGCGGGGCCACCUUUACUUUUUUUUUUUUAAGUAGAUAUUUCUCCGCGGCUGACGGCUGGACCGUCUCUGACAGCCUGAGGCUUGUGGUCGCCUGCAGUCUCGGCCCGGAGGGAAAGAGGGAACCUCGCCUGCCCGUCGACCUCGCGGCCCGGGCUUCGAGGGUCCGGUGGGAGCUGGGCCGGCUAGCCCGGCCGCUCCUGGCGCGCCAUGUCCGCGUCCACCCAGCAGCUGGCGGAGGAGCUGCAGAUCUUCGGCCUGGACUGCGAGGACGUUCUGAUUGAGAAACUGGCCGAGCUCUGUAUCCUGUAUAGACAGAACGAGGAGCAAGUGGUAAGCGAGUUGGUAGCCUUCUGCACCAGCACGGGCAAAGUCUGUCUCACCUCAGAGACCCUGAGAACAUUCGAGCAUGAGAUCUUGAGCAAGAGAUUGUCCAAAACAUGGCCCAGCGCCGCCAAAGACAGCGGACAUGCGGGAUCCAGAGACAUUAUUUCUAUCCAAGAGCUAAUUGAAGUGGAGGAAGAAGAGGAGACCCUUUUGAACUCUUACACCACACCCUCUAAGGGUUCUCAGAAGCGGGCUAUCACCACCCCAGAGACUCCCGUAACGAAAAGGAGUGUGUCUGCUCGCAGCCCGCAUCAGCUCCUCUCGCCCUCCAGUUUCUCUCCGAGCGCCACUCCCUCCCAGAAAUACAACUCAAGAAAUAACCGCGGAGAGGUGGUCACCACCUUUGGCUCAGCACAGGGGGUGACGUGGUCUGGGAGAGGAGGGGCUGGACGCGUCAGCCUGAAGGUGGUGGGGUGUCCAGAGCCCCUGACCAGGAGCUACAAAUCCAUGUUUCAGAAACUCACAGACAUCCGAGAAGUUCUGACCUGGAAAAUAGAAGAGCUGGGCAGCGAACUCAAGGAACAUUACAAGAUUGAGGCUUUUACUCCUCUUCUGGUCCCAGCACAAGAGCCUGUCGCCCUGCUGGGCCAAAUUGGCUGUGACAGCAAUGGGAAGCUGAACAGCAAGUCCGUGAUUAUUGAGGGAGACCGGGAACAUUCGUCUGGGGCUCAGGUUCCGGUGGAUCUGUCUGAGCUCAGAGAGUAUUCUCUGUUUCCUGGACAGGUUGUAGUCGUGGAAGGGAUCAACACCACUGGUAGAAAACUUGUUGCCACCAAACUCUAUGAGGGUGUGCCGCUUCCCUUUUAUCAGCCCACUGAAGAGGACGGAGGUUUUGAGCAAACCAUGGUCCUAGUUGCCUGUGGGCCAUACACCACGUCUGAUAGCAUCACAUAUGACCCCCUGCUUGACCUGAUCUCCAUCAUCAACCAUGACCAGCCGGAUGUCUGCAUCCUGUUUGGUCCUUUCCUGGAUGCUAAGCACGAGCAGGUGGAGAGCUGUCUGCUGACGAGUCCGUUUGAAGAUGUUUUUAAGCAGUGUCUGCGAACAGUUAUUGAAGGGACAAGAAGCUCCGGCUCCCACCUUGUCUUUGUUCCGUCGCUGAGAGAUGUGCACCAUGAGCCCGUGUACCCUCAGCCGCCUUUCACCUACCCCGAUCUGUCACGAGAGGAUAAAAAGCGGGUACAGCUGGUGUCAGAGCCCUGCAGCCUCUCCAUAAACGGGGUGAUCUUCGGCUUGACGUCCACGGACCUGCUGUUCCACAUGGGAGCCGAGGAGAUCUGCAGUUCUUCCGGGACUUCAGACAGAUUCAGCCGGAUUCUCAAGCACAUCCUGAUGCAGAGGAGCUACUACCCCCUCUACCCUCCCCAGGAGGACAUGUCCAUCGACUAUGAGAACUUCUAUGCCUAUGCACAGCUGCCAUUCACCCCAGAUGUCCUCAUAACCCCCUCGGAGCUAAAGUACUUUGUGAAGGACGUCCUCGGCUGUGUCUGUGUGAACCCCGGGCGCCUCACCAAAGGACAGCCUCACAGACGCGGGGAGCCCAGCUGUGGGCCUCUGCUGCCCCAAACCGGGGCCCCGAGAGGAGGAGCGCGCUGUGAGGGCGGGGCGGGGCCCCGGCUGGGCUCAGGCUUCUCUCUGGAAGGAAGCUCCUGCCUCGGGAUCUAUGCGCAGCGCCCAGAAGUGAACUGGCUUUGCAAGCUGCAUGCUCAGAAGAGGCAGGGAGGCUUGGUGAUUUCCUACGCGGUUCAAACACACAAAGAACUUUUGGAGAAAUGAAAAUAAAUCCUGAGUGUAACUUCUGA